AUGUAUUAAUAAUAAUAAUAAUAGGAGACUAUUGAAUUAGGUAAUAAACGUAACUAGACAAGACUACUUGAGUCAAUAAAUGAACUCACAAUGUAAUAGAAAUAAUCAUUGUUAAUAAAUAUUUUACAAUGUCCAAUAAAAGAAAGAAAGGCAGAAAUAUUAUAGUUAAUGAGAAUCAUAAUGUAGAAAGUGGAUUUUUUUUAAUAAUUUCAAGUUGAGAAUAUUGAUUAUGAGGCAUAUGAUUAUUGUUUGAAACAUUUAUCAUUUGAAAGCUUUUCAAAAGUAUAAAUCUAAUAUUCUAAGUAUUAUAGAAUACAGUUAUAUUUGAGAAAGGAGAGCAACCACAUAAUAUGUAUGUAGUAAUACGUGGAUAAGUAUCAUUAUAUUCAAAUGAUCAUUUGAUUGAUUAAACAAAAACAAGAAAGCAUUCUGUUAGUGUAGAUUAUGGUAGAGAAUCAUAAUAUAGCACUCGUACCAAAUUUUCUGAUUUUAAGAUUAAGAGGUAUAUAUAUUAAAAUGAUUUAAAUUCAUAGUUUAGUACGAUUAACAGAAUUUAAAGAUUGGAAGACUUUUGGAGAAUAAGCAAUUUUGGAUUAGAGACUUAGAACAAAUAUAGCAGUUUGUGAUACUGAUUCUUCUUUAGCAAUUUUGGCUAAAGAAGAUUAUAAUACAGCAAUUUAAAUUUUAGAUAAAAAGAAGGAAUAACAUCGUAUGAAUAAAUUUAAAUUGAAUCCCAGUUUUUAAGGAUUAAAUAAGAAGUUAAUUAAUAUUAUGCUUUUUACUUUUUAGUCUUCAGAUUACAAAUUUAGAGAUAUAAUUUAUAAGUAAGGGUAAGUAGAUUCUGAUACUAUAUAUAUAAUUAAAUAAGGAGAGUUUUUGGUAUAUUAAGAUUAGAGUGAAUAAUAAAUUAGAGUAAGAAAACAAAUAGCAAUCAUGACUACAGGUGAAAUGUUUGGAGAUUAUGAAGCAUUUGAAAGAAUUCCUCGUUAAUUUAAUGUAUAAUGUAAUUCUCACACUGCAAGUUUAAUUAUCAUUCCAUUACAAUUAUUAAAUCAAAAAUUAUCAUAAUAAAAUGAAUAACAUUAUGUAUAAUAAUUGAAGUCAUUAUGUUUAAGAAAAAAUAGAUGGUAUCAUGAUUUCAAAACUAAUAUUGAAUAGACUUAAGGAAAGUAUUAACACUACUUAACUGUUUAAGAUUAAAAAUUAUCUAAUGUUAAUAAUUCAUCUAAAAAAAUAGAAUCACCUACUAAAAUUAUAAAGGAUAUUAAAUAAUUACCUGAAACUAUAAUAUGUGUAAGUCCAAUAACUGAAUUAAAAAAUACAUUGAAUUAUAUCACAUCAAUAGAUGAUAGUUAAAUAAAUGAAUAAUAAGAAGAUAUAAAUAAUACUGUAAAUUAAAAGAUGAGAAAUACAAACACUAUACUUAUAUCUUCUCCAGAAAAAGUAUAACCCUUACCAAAAAUUAAAUUGAUUUCAAAUAGAUAAUAAGAAAGAAAUUAAUUAUCAACACCUGAUAGAUUUAAUUAAGUAAUAAGACAUAAGAUGACAAUUUUAAAAAGAAUGCAUAAUUUAUCACCAGAAGAAUCAGUCAAUAUAAAUACAUUAUAAUAGAAAACUAUUUAUGUUUAAUUACCAAAAUAAUUAAAAUUAGAAUAGAAUAUUGAAAAAUAAUGGCCAAUAAAGGCUACUUUAUAUUUAAAUGAUUUAGAUGAUAGAAUAAGAUAUCAUAGUAACAAUUAAAAGAUAUAGAUUUGUAAUAGUAGUAGAGAUUCAAGUGUUGAAUAUGAGUAAUUGAGUAUUAGAAAUGACGGGAGUGAGUUUUAUUCAUAAAGAACUAGUAGAAUGGGAAUAUUGAAUAAUAUAUUAUAACAUUCAGUAACAAAGAGAGGUAAAAAUAAAAAGAAAAGAGCAUUAACUUUAAAAUAUAGGGAAUAUUUAGAAUAGUAAUUUUAACAAAAAACUUAAAAUUCAUUGCUAUAUUCUUGA